AUGCCUUCAAAACCCCACUUUCUUUUACACUUGCAUUUUUCUUUCUUUCACUCUUCCUUCUUUCUUUCUUUCUUUCUUUCUUUCUUUCUUUCUUUCUUUCUUUCUUUAAAACCUCACUUUCUUUCACUCUUGCAUCUUUCUUUCUUUCUUUCUUUGUUCAAAACCACACUUUCUUACACGCUUGCUUCUUUCUUUCUUUCUUUGUUCAAAACCACACUUUCUUUCACUCUUGAUUCUUUCUUUCUUUCUUCAAAAUCACACUAUCUUACACGCUUGCUUCUUUCUUUCUUUCUUUCUUUCUUUCUUUCUUUCUUCAAAGCCACAAUUUCUUACACGCAUUCUUCUUUCUUCUUUCUUUCUUCAAAACCACACUUUCUUUCACUCUUGCUUCUUUCUUUCUUUCUUCAAAACCACACUAUCUUACACGCUUGCUUCUUUCUUUCUUUCUUUCUUUCUUUCUUCAAAGCCACACUUUCUUACACGCAUUCUUCUUUCUUUCUUUCUUUCGAUCUUUCUUUCUUCAAAACAAUACUUUCUUUCACUCUUGCUUCUUUCUUUCUUUCUUUCUUUCUUUCUUCAAAGCCACACUUACACGCUUUCUUCUUUCUUUCUUUCUUUUUUUCUUUCUUUCUUUCUUUCUUCAAAACCACACUUUCUUUCACUCUUGCUUCUUUCUUUCUUUCUUUCUUUCUUUCUUUCUUCAAAGCCACACUUUCUUUCACUCUUGCAUCUUUCUUUCUUUCUUCAAAACCACACUUUCUUUCACUCUUGCUUCUUUCUUUCUUUCUUUCUUUCUUUCUUUCUUUCUUCAAAACCACACUUUCUUUCACUCUUGCAUCUUUCUUUCUUUCUUUCUUUUUCUUUCUUCAAAACCACACUUUCUUUCACUCUUGCUUCUUUCUUUCUUUCUUUCUUUCUUUCUUCAAAGCCACACUUUCUUUCACUCUUGCAUCUUUCUUUCUUUCUUCAAAACCACACUUUCUUUCACUCUUGCUUCUUUCUUUCUUUCUUUCUUUCUUCAAAACAACACUUUCUUUCACUCUUGCUUCUUUCUUUCUUUCUUUCUUUCUUUCUUCAAAACCACACUUACUUUCACUCUUGCUUCUUUCUUUCUUUCUUUCUUUCUUUCUUUCUUCAAAACCACACUUUCUUUCACUCUUGCAUCUUUCUUUCUUUCUUCAAAACCACACUUUCUUUCACUCUUGCUUCUUUCUUUCUUUCUUUCUUUCUUUCUUUCUUUCUUUCUUUCCUUCUUUCUUCAAAACCACACUUUCUUUUCUUCCUCUUUUCUUUUUUUUUCUUUCUUUCUUCAAAACCCACUUUCUUUCACCAUCUUUUUUCUUUCUUUCUUUCUUUUCUUUCUUCAAAACCACACUUUCUUUCACUCUUGCAUCUUUCUUUCUUUCUUCAAAACCACACUUUCUUUCACUCUUGCUUCUUUCUUUCUUUCUUUCUUUCUUUCUUUCUUUCUUCAAAACCACACUUUCUUUCACUCUUGCAUCUUUCUUUCUUUCUUUCAAAACACACUUUUUCUUUCCUCUUUCUUCUCUCUUUCUUUCUUUCUUUCUUUCUUUCUUCAAAACCACACUUUCUUUCACUCUUGCAUCUUUUUUUGUUUGUUUGUUUCUUUCUUUCUUCAAAAUCACACUUUCUUUCACUCUUGCUUUUUCUUUCUUUCUUUCUUUCUUUCUUUCUUCAAAACCACACUUUCUUUCACUCUUGCAUCUUUCUUUCUUUCUUCAAAACCACACUUUCUUUCACUCUUGCUUCUUUCUUUCUUUCUUUCUUUCUUUCUUCAAAACCACACUUUCUUUCACUCUUGCUUCUUUCUUUCUUUCUUUCUUUCUUUCUUUCUUUCUUUCUUUCUUUCUUUCUUUCUUCAAAUCCACACUAUCUUACACGCUUGCUUCUUUCUUUCUUUCUUUCUUUCUUUCUUCAAAGCCACACUUUCUUACACGCAUUCUUAAUUCUUUCUUUCAUUCUUUCUUUCUUUCUUUAAAACCACAUCUUUUCUUUCCUUUUGCUUCUUUUCUUUCUUUUCUUUCUUUCUUCAAAAAACACUUUCUUUCCUUUUCUUUCUUUUAA